CAACAUACAAAUGUUCUCCAACAGUUUCAAGCCACACCAACUCACUCUGAAUAGUUUUGAAAAGGGUGGAGAUGGAGGUGGCCCUUCAGAAUGUGACAACCAGUACCAUUCUGAUGACACACCGGUAAUCGCACUUUCCACUGGAUGGUUCAAAAAUAGGAGUAGAUGCCUUCACAACAUCACCAUCAGUGCAAAUGGAAAAAGGGUGGUGGCCAUGGUGGUUGAUGAGUGUGACUCUACCAUAGGAUGUGAUGAAGAUCAUGAUUAUCAACCCCCUUGUUCCAACAACAUUGUUGAUGCCUCCAAGGCUGUGUGGGGAGCCUUAGGUGUGCCUCACAAUCAGUGGGGUGGAUUAGAAAUUACAUGGUCUGAUGCAUAAUGUAA